UCACCGCACCUCCUUCCGGUCAGGAACCGGAAGUGCAGUGAGCGGGGCGUCUCUGGCGCUGGCUCUGCUGUGGCACCGCGGCGCUGGGCCCGGUUGCUGCCGCGGCUCCUCGGGUCCCGUUUUGCCUCGCCUACUCUGGGCCGAGGUGAUGGGGGACUCCAAGGAGGCUGGGGCCGAGUCGCCGCCGGCCGGGGCCGCUGCUCGGGGAGGGCUCAGCCUCCUGUCCCAGGGAGAAUCCGAGGAACCUUCAGCACAGGGAUCAGCUUUAUUUCUUGGAGGCAAUGAAGUGAAGAGCCGAGCUGUGGUGAAAUACUCUUCUGCCCCUCCUCGAACAGCAUUUGCACGCCUUGAAGAGAAAACAGACUUGAAACUCCCACCUGCCAACUGGUUGCGAGAGAGUGCCAAACUAGGGCCGGCAGGAACUACCAUUCUUGGCAAUAGUAAGAAAAGCAAGCCAUUUUCAAGCUUUGGAAUGGCGUACGACUUUAUUGAUUCUGUGGGAAAUGAUGUGGACGUCGUUUCUGACUCUGAAAACAUAAAAAAGCUCCUGAAGAUUCCCUACAGCAAAUCCCACGUGAGCAUGGCCGUGCAUCGCAUCGGAAGGACUCUCUUGUUAGACGAGUUAGAUAUUCAAGAGCUCUUUAUGAGAUCGUCUCAGACUGGUGACUGGACGUGGCUGAAGGAGUUUUAUCAGAGACUUAUCGAUCAGAAGUGGCAGAGGAAGAAAAAGAGCAAAGAGCACUGGUAUCAGAAGGCUAUUCUUUCCAAGUUUUUAUAUUACAGUAUCAAUGGCGAUGGAGCUGCUCAGCCCGUCCCCUCUGCUGCGGAACAGCAGGGACCGUCCAGUUCACAUCAGGCCACUGACUCCGAUGGGGCUUCCUGGCCCGCCCCCUUUGAAAUGCCUUCUUCAGUCUCUGAGGAUCCCAGUGCUUCCAGUCAGGCAUUGUUAUUCUCCAAAAUCAAGCCUGUAGUGAGCAGCAGGCUUCAAAGCAUCCUCUGGAAGUUCUUCACCGAGUAUCCUAGGGACUCGUAUUCUGUGAAGCACACAUUAGACAGCACAACUAGAGGCUGUUCUGAUGACGAUGUCUCCAGGAUAAUACGGCUGAGGGUCGCCUGGCUGGCUCAGUCAGUAGAGCAUGCAACUCUUCAUCACAGGGUUGGAAGUGAGCCUCUUGAACCCUCAUACAUAGUGGGGCAUGUGGCCUCAGCACCCAAAGAACAAAACCUGACUACUUUAUUCAAUGACGGGGAGAACAGUCAGGGUCUUAAAAACGAUUUCGUUCGGAACAUCUUAUGGACAUUUGAAGAUAUACAUAUGUUAGUUGGCUCCAACAUGCCUAUAUUUGGAGGAGGCAGAUACCCAGCAGUCAGCCUACGUCUCAGGGACAACAACAAGCCGAUUAAUGUGCUAACUGGAAUUGACUAUUGGUUGGACAACUUGAUCUGCAACGUACCAGAGCUUGUGAUGUGUUUCCAUGUAAAUGGAAUUGUACAGAAGUAUGAAAUGAUAAAAACAGAAGAGAUUCCCAAUUUGGAAAACUCGAACUUCUCUACGAAGGUCAUAAAAGACAUUGCACAGAAUAUUUUAUCGUUUCUGAAAUCUAAUUGUACCAAAGAAGGACAUACCUAUUGGCUGUUUAAAGCAAGUGGGAGUGAUAUAGUGAAGCUCUAUGAUCUCACUACUCUUUGUGAAGAAACUGAAGACAAGUACCAAAAUCCGUUCACAAUGCCGGUGGCUAUUCUCUUAUAUAAGGUUGCUUGCAACAUGAUGAUGAAGAAGAAUCAAAAUAAGAAACACUACGGAACUAUUAGAACAUUGCUUCUUAAUUGUGUUAAGUUGUUGGACAAAAGCAGACAUCCUCAAAUUAUUGCUUCAGCCAAUUACAUGCUUUCAGAACUUUUUCAAUUAGAUGAACCUAAAAAAGAAGAAAGUUCAGAAUCUCCUUUAAAUGAAAAUUCUGAUGAAAGUUACAGUGAAGAGGAGGAAGAGCUGGCAGACAGCGAUGAAAAUGGAUCCUAUGGCACCGGUUCUGAUCCAUCAGAUGAUAACAAAGCAGUAGCUAUCAUUAAGUCUGUUGGAGAAUUGUCAGUUCCGGAGAAAUACAAGUCCAUUCAUCAAAUCCGACCCAGUUGCACCUUUCCGGUUUGCCAUGACACCGAGGAGCGCUGUAGACUUGUGCUCAGCUAUGUUCUGGAGGGGCUAAAAUCUGUGGAUAGCAGCAUUAAAAAAGAAAGCGACCUUCCUGCAGCUGACCCCAACACCCCGAUCCCAUUAAAAUAUGAAGAUGAGUCCACAAGGGGGGGUCCUGAGGGUCUGGAGAAGCAGAUGGCCUUGUUUUUGGACAAAAUGGGCUCCCUUCAGAAGGGUAAUUAUUCCAGUCAAUCUGGAAUGAUCCCUGGUUCUUGGCAACAUAAAAUGAAACUCCAGCUGAUUCUCAAGUCAUCAAAGGCCUAUUAUGUUUUGUCUGAUGCUGCCAUGAGUCUUCAGAAAUACGGAAGAGCGUUACGAUACAUUAAAUUAGCUUUGCAGAGCCACGAUACUUACUGCUGCCUCUGCACCAAUAUGCUUUCUGAAGUGCUGCUGUUUCUUUCUCAAUAUUUGACGCUCUGCGGUGAUAUCCAACUAAUGCUGGCCCAGAACGCAAACAACAGAGCCGCACAUCUUGAGGAGUUUAAUUAUCAAACAAAAGAAGACCAGGAGAUCCUGCACAGCCUCCACAGGGAGUCCCCGUGUCAAGGAUUUGCAUGGGCAACUGAUUUGUCUACAGACUUAGAGAGUCAGCUUUCAGUUAGUUGUAAGUGUUAUGAAGCUGCUAAUGAAAUCUUGCAAUUUAGUGACUUAAAAAGCCAAAACCCAGAACACUAUGUACAAGUAUUGAAGAGAAUGGGUAAUAUCAGAAAUGAAAUCGGUGUGUUUUACAUGAAUCAGGCAGCUGCACUGCAGAGUGAGAGAGUAGUGAGCAAGAGUGUGUCUACUGCGGAGCAGCAGCUGUGGAAAAAAAGCUUUUCUUGUUUUGAAAAAGGAAUUCACAACUUCGAGUCAAUCGAUGAUGCUACAAACGCUGCCCUUUUGUUGUGCAACACGGGGAGACUCAUGCGAAUUUGUGCGCAGGCGCACUGCGGUGCCGGUGAUGAAUUUAAGCGGGAGUUUUCACCGGAAGAAGGCUUGUAUUAUAAUAAGGCUGUUGAUUACUAUUUGAAAGCUCUAAGGUCCCUGGGAACGCGAGACAUACACCCAGCUGUUUGGGAUUCAGUGAAUUGGGAACUGUCCACUACUUACUUUACUAUGGCAACUCUCCAGCAAGACUACGCGCCAUUAUCUAGAAAAGCUCAGGAGCAGAUCGAAAAAGAAGUCAGUGAGGCUAUGAUGAAGUCCCUGAAACACUGUGACGUGGACUCCGUGUCUGCUCGACAGCCUCUUUGUCAGUAUCGAGCUGCGACCAUCCAUCACAGGCUGGCGUCCAUGUACCACAGUUGUCUGAGAAAUCAGGUUGGUGAUGAACAUCUUAGGAAGCAGCACCGGGUGCUCGCAGAUCUUCAUUAUAGCAAAGCUGUUAAGCUUUUUCAGCUUCUGAAAGAUGCUCCUUGUGAACUACUUAGAGUGCAGUUAGAGAGAGUGGCGUUUGCAGAGUUUCAGAUGACCAGUCAGAAUAGCAACGUUGGAAAAUUGAAAACACUAUCUGGGGCUCUUGAUAUAAUGGUGAGAACUAAACACGCAUUCCAGCUCAUCAGAAAGGAGCUUGUAGAGGAAUUUGACCAGCCGAAGAGUGACGAGAGCGCUCCAGCCGCUGAUCCUUCGCCUGGUCUCAGUCGAGAAGAAGUGAUCAAGCUCCUCAGUAUAUUUGAAUCUCGGUUGUCAUUCCUUCUCCUUCAGUCCAUCAAACUGCUGUCUUCAACUAAGAAGAAAAUGAGUAAUACUGAAGAGGAUGUAGUCCUCAAAGCCAACAAGCAGAUUUACUCCCAGCUUUUGAGAGCUACCGCUAACAGAAACUCCACUCUUCUGGAAAGGAUCGACGUCCUCAUCCAGUUGCUGGAUCAGCUUGCUCGCGGCGGCAGUGGCGGCCAGUGACUCGGGCCUGAAGCUCCGUCCGCAGAGACGCUGUCAGUGCCUUCUGCUCUUGGGGGCCGGUUUGUCCAUUCGGUGCUUCAUGUCAUUAAAUAGGAGGGAAAGACUCUCCUGUCACUAAAGACAGGCACAGCAGUGGAAACAGUUCUCUUUUCCCGUCACGGACACAUCGUGGUUGAGUUCUUUGCUUCAUUUGAAGUGAAGGCAGAACCAGACUGAAAGCCCCCGGCGUUGGUUUUUCAGAGACAUACGUGGUGCCUCCGUGUUCACACCCUUGCUGUGAUGCAGGUGCACUUGUAAACAGGUUUCAAGUCUGUUGGGCUCCAUGGGUUUAAGAUAGAAUUAUUUUGGAUGAUGUUACCGUGGUCAGGGGAACUUGGAUCCAGAUGCCUUUAGUGGUUCAGGUGGGUUCAAGAAACAUCCUGCGUCUACGGCGCUUCCCGGUCCCACGGAAGGCGGCCCGCCCUCCCCCCGUGUCGCGGGCUCCGCGGUGUUGAGUUCAGGGCGCGCUCUGAGAGCUCCCGCUUCUCUCUGACUGGCUAGGACAGCUGAUCGAGGAUAGGUACUGCUCCCUCUUUCUUUCAUUGUAAACUGGAAACUGUGAAUAAGGUAAGAAAACUAUUUUGAAUAAAUAAAUUAUUUAUUUAAAAUGUC